AUGCGUGAGAUCAUCAGCGUCAACGUCGGCCAGGCUGGUUGCCAGAUCGCCAACUCGUGCUGGGAGCUCUACUGUCUCGAGCAUGGUAUUCAGCCCGAUGGAUACCUGACGGACGAGCGCAAGGCCGCCGACCCCGACCAGGGUUUCAGCACUUUCUUCUCCGAGACAGGUCAGGGAAAGUACGUCCCUCGAACAAUUUACUGCGAUCUUGAGCCGAACGUCGUCGACGAGGUCCGCACCGGCCCAUACCGAAGCCUGUUCCACCCCGAGCACAUGAUCACCGGCAAGGAGGAUGCUUCCAACAACUAUGCCCGUGGCCACUACACCGUUGGAAAGGAGCUUAUCGAUGGCGUCCUCGACAAGAUCCGCCGCGUUGCCGACGCCUGCGCCGGCCUCCAGGGUUUCCUGGUCUUCCACUCGUUUGGUGGUGGUACCGGCUCUGGUUUCGGCGCCCUUCUCAUGGAGCGCCUGUCCGUCGACUACGGCAAGAAGAGCAAGCUGGAGUUCUGUGUCUACCCUGCUCCUCAGACGUCCGUCGCCGUCGUUGAGCCUUACAACUCGAUUCUGACCACCCACACCACCCUGGAGCACGCCGACUGCUCCUUCAUGGUCGACAACGAGGCCAUCUACGACAUCUGCCGUCGCAACCUCGGGCUUGAGCGUCCCAACUACAUCAACCUGAACCGCUUGAUUGCUCAGGUUGUUUCUUCCAUCACCGCUUCCCUGCGUUUCGACGGAUCCCUGAACGUCGACUUGAACGAGUUCCAGACCAACUUGGUGCCAUACCCGCGUAUCCACUUCCCUCUGGUCGCCUACGCGCCCGUUAUCUCCGCCGCCAAGGCCGCCCACGAGUCCAACUCCGUCCAGGAAAUGACCAUGUCUUGCUUCGAGCCCUACAACCAGAUGGUCAAGUGCGACCCCAGGAACGGCAAGUACAUGGCUACUUGCCUGCUGUACCGUGGUGACGUCGUCCCCAAGGAUGCCCACGGUGCGGUGGCCACGCUCAAGACCAAGCGCACCAUUCAGUUCGUCGACUGGUGCCCUACUGGGUUCAAGCUUGGUAUCUGCUUCCAGCCCCCUGAGCAGGUGCCCAACGGCGAUCUCGCCAAGGUCGACCGUGCUGUGUGCAUGCUCUCCAACACAACUGCCAUUGCUGAGGCCUGGUCCGCUCUGUCCGCCAAGUUCGAUCUCAUGUACUCCAAGCGCGCGUUCGUCCACUGGUACGUUGGUGAGGGUAUGGAGGAAGGUGAAUUCUCGGAGGCCCGGGAAGAUCUUGCUGCUCUUGAGCGCGAUUACGAGGAGGUUGCUACCGACUCCAUGGGUGACGAGGGCGAUGUCGAUAUUGAGUACUAA